UCUGCCAUAUUCUUAGGCGCUCUUUCCUUUCACAGCUGUCACUCCAAUACAGCACACAAUCAAGCAGAAACGAUGGCAGACUACGGAGCGAGUGAAUACAAGCUCGAAGUCUGCUGGGUUGCGUGCCACGGAGACGAACUUCCUGAGAACGCAGUGCCUGGAGGUGACGACGUGAGAGGGGACGUCACCUACGUAGGGCGAGCCACGUACGCGGGCGAAGUGAUACCAGGAAAGGUGGUGCCUUUCCAUCGCUUCUGUUACGUGGCUCAUGGCGGCGCCGAACAUAUGUUCCGCGACUACCAGGUGCUUGUCUCAAACGGAGCUCCUUUGGCAUGGCUACCUGAAUCCAAUGGGGCAGUGCCAAGCGGAGCCCUACAGGGCGGCAAAAGCCACGACGGCGAGCCCCUCUACAAUGGUAGAGCAAAGCACAAUGGCAUGCUCACUAUCGGCAAGGUUCAUCCAUCACAAAGACGCCUUUAUGUCUCCUUUGGUUACAAGGAGUAUUCCUACACUGAGUAUCAGGUCCUCGUUUGCAAGACGAUCAACCUGUGAGCUGAACGGAGACUGCUGUAUGAAACUUCGUUCAACCAUGAUGAACGUCAAGGAAAAAAAAAAUGUUGCAACCUUCCUGUAACGAAUUGCCAUCCUCAACCCUUAUAUUUAAUAUAAUGGAAAUUUCAGUUUUGAAAAAUGAUUGCGUUCUCACUGUCUAUGAUGAUGUACAAAAAAUAACAUUUAGUAAUGUUUUAUUUUUUGAACUGCAGCCUGUGACAAAAUAACCAAAGCAAUCUAUAUCACGGUAACUUCGCCAUCCCUUUUUAUAGUCUCUGUACUUCAGUUGAUUAUUUGUUUCUAUUUACCAUCAAAUGUAAGAUAAGUAUUAAAAGUUUAUUUGGAACACG